AUGGCCAAUCCCGGAACAGACUUCAACAUGGACGAUUACCUGUCAUCCGAUGACGAUGUUGAUGCGGACUCGUUUAUCACGACUCGUGUAAGGAAUUCGGGCCACAUGGACGGCCACGAAGAAGCACUCCUGUUCAGCGACACCGGCUACGGCGAAGGUGGCUUGCAGCUGCCCGGGCUCUUUGACAGCCUUUCCAACAUCCCGGAUCCCGACACCACGUCACCGGAGCGCCCGAACCUGCGAUACUCACUGAGCAGCCCCAGCCGGUUCGCCCGCAGGAUGUCGUUGGACCCUUGGAUCGAGGCCCCCAUCUCCCCUCUUGAGGAGGGGGGCGAGGAGGAGGACGACCUUCUCGAUAUACCGACGAGGGCGGACCUGGCGCUCGGGCGCAGGGGUACGCGGAGGAUUUCGGCGCUGGGCACAAUGUACCAGAGCAUCGAAGAGGAAAAGGAGGACAAGGCCGACUUGUGGACGGCCGUACGGAUGCGGAAGGAGGCCAAAGCGCGGCAGCGGGCGAUGGCCAAGCCCGGCAGCAAACCGCAGCAGAGGCGGGCCGACGAUGUUGCAGAGAAACGUCGCGGCAGCGGGUGA